AUGGCCCAGUAUGUCAUUGGGGAUGUCUACGCCGCCAUCACCCGGAACGAAUGCACACACGGUGGGGUCAGGUGGACGCUGGGAGUGCGUCAAAGUUGGACCAAAAAUUCAUCAGACUACAUCAUCUACCCCGAGUUCAAAGCGGACUUGCUGGGGAGAUGGGGAACGCCGUUUCGUCUUCUGCGAACGAUCUCGCAGGUUGAUGUUACCCUGAGGAAGGAAGUGUUAAAACACUUUGCUCCAUUCCGGGGGGCCGCCUCAUGCUCAUUCGAGGAUCUCGGAUUGGCAUGGAUUGCCACAGGAGACACCUUUCUGUUAGGAAGGGAUCUGUCGUUCUGGUGGUCUUUACUCGGCUCACUGGUCGACAUGUGCGCAUUCGAAAAGCAGAUACUCGGGACUAUUCAGGAGGUCCAUCUCGAUAGCCUGAAGUCGAUCAAGUUUCUGAGAGGGGAAAUCGGAGACGACGAAGUCAAAAGACUUUUGCAGCUCUUUCCCACCCUACGGAGAGUUCUCAUUGGAAUCCCCAAGAGGAGGGAUCUCAUCUUCACGGAGUACACCGACGACAAUCUGUCUCCCCUUACCAGGGACUCCUUUACCGACCCGACCAAGAUCCCCCCAUUCUUCGACAUCAUCUGGACAGCUGGUGUGAAGACCAACACCUAUUAUUCGAGCGACGCCGCCAUCUUCGACACAGCCUAA